GCAAUUAGCCCUACGUGGAAAGGAUUUAGCAGGUAAACUCAAAGUUAACUAAGGUGACUAGAGGAUUAAUGUAGUUUGAUCACAUGAUUCAUGACCAAUUUCCGUGUUCCAAGGAUAAGAAAAUUUUGAUCAUAUCUUACUUUGGAAAGUCAUUUUACAUAAAAAUAAUAGUUUUGGACAUUCUUUGCAAAUGUUUACUGAUCCUCGCUAAAGAUUGACCGGCAACAAAAACCAGAAGGUCCAGAACAGAAGAAAGAUGGAUCCUCAAGAUUCAAUACCUCGAGAACAAGAAGAGUGGGUGAUAUCCUUAAGAAACAAACUCAAGGAAGCCCAACAAUAUGCUGCUAGAAGACCAUGGGAAAAGUGGUGCAUAUAUCGAGUGCCUCGUCGCCUAAGAGAUGUCCAAGAGAGCAGGUUUUCCUACGAGCCUCAGACUGUAUCCAUAGGGCCAUACCAUAAUGGUAGUGAACAAGUUCUAGAUAUGGAUUUCCACAAGUGGGUCACUUUGUACCAGAUUCUAGAACGCACAGGUCAGGACCUAAACCUUUACCUUGAUACCAUCAAAGAAGUUGAAGAACAAGCGCGAGCUUGUUAUCAGCAACAAGCCGAGCUCAGCAGCAAUAAGUUUGUAGAGAUGUUGGUCCUUGAUGGUUGCUUCAUCCUUGAGCUCUUUCUAUUUUAUCCGGAUAGAGGGACACCAAGCAGCAACCCUAUUUUCUCUAAUAAGAGAAUUGUUGAAGACAUGGUGCUAGACAUGGUAAUGCUGGAAAACCAAAUUCCACUUUUCAUAAUUGACAGGCUACUUAAGCUUAUGAACAUGGCUGGUAAUCCUAAUGAUGUGCACCUUAAGGACAGCUCUGUUGGUUUAGCUCUGAACAUCUUCAAUCCUAGAUGGCUGACAGGUAAAUCUAUGUCAAAGAAAGAAUUCAAUGCAUUGAAACUUGAACUCGAGCAAGAAGAGUACCUUCAUAUCCUUGAUGUUUUCAGGCGAAGUUUACUCCAUAUAUUGCCCCAACAGGAUACCUCGUACAGGUAUGGAUUCCAAUGGAGGGAAUGUGAUAAGCUUGUCCCUGGGUCUCUGAAGCAGUGGCUACAGCGCCGACACGCCAAUAAUGCCCCAGAUAGAAAUGUAAGGGGUGGACAAGUCAUACAUAAAGUCACUGAGCUCAUAGAGGGAGGAGUAAAAUUCAGGAAGCGGAACACCAGUUGUUUUUGGGACAUCAGGUUCCAGAGCGGGGUUCUUGAAAUUCCUCCAAUUUGGAUACAAGGUAGUACAAUGGCCACCCUCCUGAAUGUAACGGCCUUUGAGAGCUGUCAUCUGAAGAUAAGUGAUGCUGUAAUUGCAUCAUAUGUGGUCUUCAUGGAAUGCUUAAUAAAAUCCCCAGAAGAUGUGUGCCACCUUCACCAUUGUGGAAUCAUUCAGCAUCUUCUUGGACAUGAUUCAGAAGUUGUUGACAUGUUCAAGAGCAUAUCUAAAGAAAUGUUAGUGGAUGCACAUGGUGGUUACUAUGCAAAAUUAUCCAAGCAAGUGAAUGCUUACUACAACCAGAGAAGAAAUAGAUGGCGAGCAAGUCUGCUUCACAAGUAUUUUUAUAAUCCUUGGGCUAUCAUCUCACUGGUUGCUGCUAUUAUUCUAUUGUUUCUUACUGCCAUACAGAGCUUCUAUAAAGUUUAUGCUUACUACAGGCCGAAUUCUUAAUCUAAUACUUCGUAGAAAAAGAUAUCCUAUGAAUUUCUGUGAUCAUGAUAUGCACUUGUAUAGUUGUAUGAGUUGCAGUAUUACUUCCUUGUAGACGAUUGAAUAUAUGUAGAACAUGUUAUUUCUUUGUAAUAUAUUUGGAAAAUCUAAUGAACUGAGAUUUCAAGAACAGAAA